ACCGCCAGACCCGAUCUGCAGAGCGGCCCUGCAGCAUCUGCGCCAGCGCAUCUCUCAAAAAAUGGAUAUCUGGCCCUACUCCGUCGACCUCGGUCGGGACUAUGAGGUUGAGGAGAGUGAUGUUGCACUCGACACAUUCGAGACGGCACAGAAGGAGCGUCUCUGGACCCGGCCCAUGAUCCAGUGGUCCCCAGAUAUUGUCACAAACGACAAGGAUCCCCGCAAACUCAAGAUAUCUCGAGCUCUGAUUGGAACAUAUGGCGCUGGACAGCUGUAUCUUCGCUCCAGAUAUCCUAACGUUCGGGUCGUGGGCCACAUUUUGGCUCCGUUUGCUGAUACAACUGGGGGCUCUUUCGACCGAAGUAGGAUUUCAAACCGGAGCUGCCCAAUACUUGUGCCUGAAGACGAGAUUGGCACUCUUGUUGUGGCAAUUGGAUACGAGGUCCCACCAGAGCACGCCUUUGAAUGGACCAAGGUUUUCUUUGAGCACAUCGAAGCAGAGAGAUACGUGCUUUUGGGAUCCUUUGGAAUCACCGAGUAUCAGUCCGCUGAUGCCGAUAUGGAGAACGUGAGCCCACCUCUGCUCAGGGGGUUGGAUACCUUGCAUCAGUUGCCGAACGAGAUCCAGCACCUAGAAUCACCAAACAUUGCAUCAGGAGUCAUUGCCGCUGCGCUGGCUCAUUGCAUCGCACGCCGACAGCACGCAACGGCUCUGCUGAGCCUCGAAGAAAGCAGCAUGGGAAGCAGCGUUGCGACCAUUGAAACCCUCACAGCGCUUCAUGAGGGUCUCAAUCGCAUCGCGGGUCAAGCUGCAAAGCUUGGGGUUGAUGUAUUGGCGCAGCAACUGCGAGAGCAUUUGCGUCUGGGGCAUGGAAAGACUCUGUUGUAUAUUUGAACCUGGCGGCGUCGGAAGAUGCCGGCGCGUUCGCCUGCGGCAGUUGGCAUAUCGAAUAUCGAACAGCGAGCAUUUGCAUCA